AUGUAUCCUCAUUUACAAACACAAACUACUUAUAAGGCGGCAAAACCCCAAAUGACCGCUUUCGAAGAUUUUAUUCGUCGGUAUAACAUUAAUGAAACUUUUGCCACAAAGCUUCGUGGUCUACAUGGUUACGAAAUUGUUUUCGUAUGUGAUGAUUCAGGUUCAAUGCAAGCUCCGAUCGGACACGCUUCUGGUCCAGGCCAACAGCGAUCAACUCGUUGGGAAGAACUCAAAAAGACAGUAUCAAUCGUUGUAGAUUUGGCGAGUACGCUGGAUCCUGAUGGUGUUGAUAUCUAUUUUUUAAAUCGAAAACCAUUGCUAAAUGUUCAUAGUUCAAAAGAAUUAAAUAGUACAUUUACUGUGCCUCCAAAUGGUGCUACACCAAUUGUACGGAUAUUGAGACAAGUUCUGCACGAUAAAAAACAAGAAAUUCAAAAAAGAAAAUUACUUAUUGUUAUAGCUACUGAUGGUAUACCAACAGAUAAUAAUGGUCAACCAAAUGUCCAAGAAUUCUUCCAAGUUCUUGCACAUGAACGUGUUCCUAUAGAUCGAGUUCCAGUAACAAUUAUGGUUUGUACAGAUGAUCAUAAAUGCAUGUCAUAUUUAAAUGAUUGGGACCGAGCAAUUCCGAAUCUUGAUGUCGUUGAUAAUUAUGAAAAUGAAAAACAAGAAGUUCUUGAAAUGCAAGGCAGAUCUUUUCCAUUCAGUUUUGGUGAUUACGUUGUUAAAAUUCUUAUGGGUGGCGUAGACAGUUGGUUUGAUUUGUUAGAUGAAAAAAAAGUAUCACUCCAUAGUCAAUGA